AUGCACAAAUUUUUAUUUACAGAUAGCAAUAGCGACAAUAAAAAUAAAAGUUUCGCUAACGCUUUUACUUUGCCACAUAAAUAUUUGCCAAAAAAAAGAGUUAAGUUAGAAGCUUCUGAAAAAACAAGAAGAAACGGUUACUCAAGAACCAUCAAAAUCUUUUCCCUGUUAGUGACAAACAACUUGUUUUAUUUGAGUCUCAUAACAGCGGGAUCAAGAUGGUACGAGUAUGUUGUGUACCAGGAUGUUCGACAGGGAAGACAGCACCAUCGCAUAAAUUCCCACGAAAUGCUGAACGUAGGCUACAAUGGCUGCGUUCAAAAAACACAACGGUUACACAACGGUUGAGUAAUUCGUCAACGUUAUUGGUCUGAAUGUAAGGAUCUAACAGUAAGGACCAAUAGUUACUAAGCGCUCAGUGAGCACUUUGUUUUCUGAACGCAACCAUUGGUUCAAGAAUUUGAAAAUGGAGCCAGUGGAGGGACCUGAGGAGAAAAA